AUGUUCGCCUCUACCAUUCUUUCUGGCCUGCUCUUCUCUGCCGUCGCCUUGGCUGCCCCGACCGCUCCGAACUACACUUCUUCGGCGGCACCUGCCACCAAGACCAGCGGCUCCAUCGACGAUGUCCUUCCUCCAAUUGUUCCCGUCAACACUCGCUCCGGCAACCAAGACCUCAUCACCAAGCUCAUGACCGCCCCGACCUCGCAAGAGCGCGCCCGCCUCCUCAACCAGCCCGGUGAUUUCGUCUUCGACUUCAACGAUGCCAGUGCCCCAACGGGCUCCGAAGCCCGCGGCAAGGGCGGCUUCUCCACUUCUGCGACCGCCAAGACCUUCCCAGCCCUCAUUGGCAACGGCGCCGCGAUGACCCUUGGCUUCCUCGGUCCCUGCGGCAUGAACACGGCUCACGUCCACAACCGCGCUACCGAGCUCAACGUCAUCGUCAAGGGCCGCCUCGUCACCAACUUCAUCAUUGAGAAUGGCCUCGAUCCCAUUGCCAACACUAUGAACACCUUCCAGAUGUCCGUUUUCCCACAGGGUGCCAUCCACCAAGAGUUUAACCCGGACUGCGAGGAUGCCGUGUUCGUUGCUGGUUUUAACAACGUUGAUCCCGGAGUCGAACAGGUUGCCCAGACCUUCUUCAACCUCCGCCCGGAUGUUGUCUCUGCUACCCUUGGCGGCGUGCAGACCAUUGAUGGCGCUGAUCUUGAGAGCUUCCGCGACCACAUCCCUGCGAACAUUGCCCUUGGCAUUGACGCCUGCUUGAACAAGUGCGGCAUCAAGCGCAAUGCGAAGCGAGACCUCAACGAGAUCUUUGGUUCGGCUUAA